AAAAUGUUGUAUUGUCCGCCUAAUGUUACCCUAUCCCAGGUGUGGAUUGAUCAUGGCAUAUCACAUUGUUUUAUGGAUACGGUGGGUUGGUCUGUAUGUGGCGGUUUCAUGAUUCUGUUUGGUCUGAUACAACUGAUGAUGUAUCGUAAAUAUGCCACACGAAUUACUGAUCCCACAUUAAUUUCCAAAUCCCGGUUAUAUGGAUUGCAAUUGUUUCUACUGGCGUUCUUUCCAGCAUUGCAGCUGGUGCGAUUUUUAUUGAAUGCAAGAAUCUAUGAGGGAAGUGCCGUAUAUGGUUAUAUGAUACUCGCCACCUGCCUCAUUUGUGUGGCCUAUCCAUUGUCUAUGUGUUUGGUAAUCAAAGAAAGAUUAUAUCAAUUGCCAUCAGUGCCCACCAGAGGUCAUGGAUUGGUGUUACUACUUUUCUGGACCUUGGCUUUUAUCAAUGAAUCACUGGCGUUUAUUAAUUUGCGCCAUGAAGAUUGGUGGUUUAAUCUUAAAACAAACAAAGAUAAAGUUGAAAUGGGUCUAUUUGUUACCCGCUAUGUUUGUUCGCUGUUAAUCUUUGUAUUGGGUCUCAAGGCACCGGGCAUAACAUACCCCUAUAAUGCCCAUCAACGCUUAGAUGAAGAAACUCAACAAUCAGAAUCCACAGCAAAUCUCAAUACCGGUUCGGCUUUUAGAAAUGCCUUCAAGAAGCUACGUAAACUUUUCCCCUAUUUAUGGCCAAAAAGAGAUGUUGUUUUGCAAAUUACUGUGUUAAUAUGUAUUUUGUUAUUGGCUGCAGGACGUGUUAUUAAAUUAUAUUUACCCAUAUAUCGUAAAAAGUUGGUUGACAGUUUAACUAUUGAGCCCAUAGUAUUUCGUUGGGAUUUUGUCUUAAUCUAUGUGGCUCUGUCAUUUCUCCAAGGUGGUGGUACCGGCACAAUGGGCCUUUUCAAUAAUCUACGUUCAUUCUUGUGGAUUAAAGUACAACAGUAUACAACGCGUGAAAUCGAAGUGGAUCUUUUCCAUCAUUUGCAUCGUCUGUCGUUGCGUUGGCAUCUACAACGUAAGACCGGUGAAGUUUUGCGUGUAAUGGAUCGUGGCACAGAUUCGAUAAACAAUCUGUUGAAUUACAUUAUCUUCUCGAUUACGCCUACAAUUGUUGAUUUAAUUGUUGCUGUUGUCUAUUUUAUUUAUGCUUUCAAUUGGUGGUUUGGUUUAAUCGUGUUUCUCACCAUGUUCUUGUAUAUAUUGGCCACAAUUUUGGUUACCGAAUGGCGUACCCAAUUCCAGAGACGUAUGAAUCAGGCCGACAAUGAACAACGUGCUCGCAGUGUAGAUUCUCUGCUGAACUUUGAGACUGUUAAAUAUUAUGGUGCCGAAGAGUAUGAAGUGAAUGCCUAUCGUGAGGCCAUCAAGAAAUAUCAGAAAGAGGAAUUCCUUUCGCUAUUGACGUUGAAUAUUUUAAAUACAUCUCAAAAUAUUAUACUCUGUCUCGGGUUGCUGUGUGGUUCAAUGUUAUGUGUCUAUUUGGUGGUGCAUCAUCAAACUCUAACAGUGGGUGAUUUUGUACUCUUCUUCACAUAUCUCAUGGAUUUGUAUAUGCCAUUAAAUUGGUUCGGCACCUAUUAUCGGGCUAUUCAAAAGAAUUUUGUUGAUAUGGAAAAUAUGUUUGAUCUUCUGAAAGAGGAAGAAGAGGUCGUUGAUGCUCCCGGUAGUUCGCCUCUGCUGACGGCAGGUGGCGCCAUUGAAUUUGCAAAUGUUAGUUUCGGUUAUAGCCCAGAGAAAAUUGUUUUACGCAACGUCAGCUUUACAGUACCUCCCGGUAAAACCGUCGCCAUUGUUGGACCCUCGGGGGCGGGUAAAAGUACAAUUGUUCGUUUGCUGUUCCGUUUCUAUGAUGUACAAUCCGGUUCGAUUAUGAUUGAUGGACAAAAUAUAAAAUUAGUGACCCAGCAAAGUUUACGACAAGCCAUUGGAGUUGUACCUCAGGAUACGGUACUGUUUAACAAUACAAUUUAUUAUAAUAUUGAAUACGGUAAAAUUGGCUCCUCGCCUGAUGAGGUGUAUGAGGCGGCACGUAUGGCUGAUAUCCAUGAUCGUAUUUUGGGCUUCCCUGAUCGUUAUGAAACAAAGGUGGGAGAACGUGGUCUACGCUUGAGUGGUGGUGAAAAACAACGUGUUGCCAUUGCUCGAACCCUACUCAAGGCUCCUGUCUUAGUGCUACUCGAUGAGGCUACCUCCGCUUUAGAUACCAAUACCGAACGUAAUAUUCAAGCAGCUUUACAUAAAGUUUGCUCCAAUCGUACAACUGUCAUCAUUGCCCAUAGGCUGUCCACAAUUAUUCAUGCCGAUGAAAUUUUGGUACUCAAAGAUGGUGUCAUUGCCGAACGGGGACGUCAUGAAGAUUUGCUGUUACGUGACGAUGGCCUGUAUGCUGAAAUGUGGCAACAACAAUUGAAGAAUCUUGAUGCUCCCUCAACAACAUCGGAAAUUUCUGGUAGCGGCAAUACAAAUGACAAACCUCCGACAAAUGCUGCAACUGGAGGUCCUGCUACUGCCGCUGGUCCUUCCGGAAGUGCCUAUUUAAGAGCUGGCCAUGCUCAUGGUGGCGGUGGUGCCCAUUGA